UUAUUACCAUCAAAACUGACGUAUAACGUUUGCAAGGCAGCUUCAUACUCUUCCGAGUCAUAGGCUCUCAGAAGGCUAAUUGAGCAGCAAUUGAACUGUAACCCAAUCAUCGUUGAGGAGACUCGCAAAAUGCAGUUGCAGAGCAUCAUCUACCCCAAGUCACCGGCCAUCGUUACUUUCUUGCUACUAACGAGCCUCCCACUCGUCGAUCCCACCUGGGUGGUACGGUCUCUCUGCGCAACUCAGCUUGGGAGGCGCCUACUCCGAGGGGGCUCUAGCAGGACCUUCGUGGAUAGUCUUUUCCAAAGACUCUAUCACGCAUUCUCCUCUACUUGUCUUCGUGUCCGCCUCUUAUUUCCAUUCCCCGCACGUUCACGAUGCGGAACAUUCCCCACGCUAGAAGCGGAAGCGAAAUAUUGGUGCAUUGCGGCUCGUUACCGACGUCACCUUGCACAGUCUAGUGCCCGUCGGCCGCCGCAUGAGACGUCUGAGAUACCUCUCGUGACGUAUUAUACCCCACGUCUUCUGCCUCAAUACCGCGAUGUACGACACCCCGACGAUGGAAGCGGUGAAUUUUGCAUAUCAGCCAAAACGUUUUGCAAGUGGCAUAGGAUGGUAUUUCGGGACCGGUAAGUCCUUCAUCUGACACUGCUGCUCAGAAGAAGUGACGCCUGCUUGGUGUUUGGGAUUGAAGCAUCACCCGACUCAUGCCCAAGCAGCUAUACGCAUGAAGUAUCACUCUCACAGAGACCUGAGAGAAAUGCAGCGGAUUGCGCGACUUCUGCCAAACGAACAAGUA